AUGGCGGCGAACGCUACGUCAAGCGCGGCGUCGAAUGCAAGUUGCACCCUCCGCGAUCACCGCACAAGUACUAUUGAUGUCGAGCUCAUGUAUGCUGCGUGCGAAUGCAGAGAACUUCAACUACCAAACACCGGUCAGCCAGCCAUCUACGCUACUGUAGAGUCCGUACCGGGACUGAUCGUCCAAGGGCCGGUUGCUCAGUGGCGUCGUAUCACACCUGCGCACACCGAGAGCCCACUCAACUACGACCUCGCCUCACCUCAUGGUAAGUGUGUUCCCGACGGCCAUAAAGUGCCGCCGACAUGGGAGGAGGGCAUUGUGACGAGCAGGAAGCUGUGGGAUACCCUUCGAACGCGCGCCGCCAAGCGCGACGCCGACGGGAGUGAUGAUGGCGCAGCGUCCUGUCGAACCACAGUAUAUUGUCGUUUGGGCCUGCCCGCUGCGCAGAGCAGUAAAUCACUUGGAAGUCGAUAUUUGUUGCCUUCUUCUAGCAGAGUUGAAGUGCGAAACGAAACCUAUCAAAUAUCCAAUAUAUACAGCUAUGCGAUUGGAUAG